AUGUCAGCCACACAGGUCGUCACGCGCUCCCGCACGGCCGCGACUCCCUCCUUGGCACUACCCACGGAUGCUGCCUCUGUCACCACCACCUCGGCAGCUGGGCCUUUGCUCGACACGGACCAGCAAGAUCGCCGCAAUCUCAAGCUCAGCGUUCGUCUCGUCGACACCAUCCGUCACUACUGGGAUCUCGGCUUCACGGCAUUCGGCGGUCCAGGGGUCCACGUCGUCAUCCUCCGCAAACGAUUCGUCGACAAACUCGCCUGGCUGGACGAGACCACCUUUGCCGACCUGUUUUCGCUCGGAAACGCGCUACCCGGCCCGGGCUCGACUCAGCUUGCGUUUUCGAUUGCUGUCGCCCGCAACGGCACGCUGGCAGGCCUCGUUGCGUUCCUGUUCUGGUCGAUUCCUGGAGCGGCGGGUAUGGCUGCACUCGGUGCCGGUGUCAGGAAGUUUCCGGAACGACUCCCGCCCAUCGUGCUUGCUCUGUUGACCGGCUUGAAUGCGUCGGCGGUGGGGCUGAUCGCUUUAGCUGCGUUUCAGCUCAGCAGAUCGUCCAUCACGGAUCCAGUGUCUAGGCUGCUGGUACUCGGUUCGGCGUCGUUUGGAAUCUGUUAUCAUGCACCCUGGAUGUAUCCCGUGCUUGUCUUCGGAGGUGGUCUCAUCACGCUGCUCUACGACUUUCGCCGUCGCAUCGUCGAAGCUGUCUCGACACGAUUCAAGAGCCAAAGAAGCAGCUCCAGGAAAGCGAACCAGGCCGAUGAUGGUCCUCACAACGGCCAGACCCAGGAUAUCGAGCUCGAACCGGUGGCUUCAACUCGAUGUGCAUCGCCCGACGCUACAGACAAGAAGCAGCCGGGCCCCGCCGUCCAAGAUCUUCCCUUCCAGCUAGCAACCAGCUCAACUUCUCUCAGACAGCGUAAUGCUGCAACUAUGGACUGCAACCUCUUUCACGUCGACACUGCCGCCGCCGAUGUCUCGGCAGUCGACCACCGUACGCCCAUCAUGGUGCUCAACCGGACCAUGGCCAUGGCUCUCGGCGCUGGCUUUAUUGCUCUCAUUAUUGCUGUGGUCGUCACUCGCUCGCAGCUCAACGCUCCCCCACGGGCCUUUGACUUUUUCACCAACAUGAUGAUCGCAGGCGUUAUCAUCUUUGGCGGUGGGCCCGUUGUCAUCCCCCUGCUACGAGGAUACACGGUCGAGAACGGCUGGGUCGAGUCGCGUGACUUUCUGCUUGGCUUUGCCAUCCUGCAAGCCUUCCCCGGUCCCAACUUCAACUUUGCCGCUUAUCUGGGCGUGCUUGCUGUACCCCAGAAUCCGGUACUGGGCGCCGUCGCCGGGUGGGUCGGCAUCUUUUCGCCGGGUAUCUUGCUCAAGCUGUCGCUGCUGCCGAUCUACAACACGUGGCGGAAACACGAGGUAGCCAAGUCGCUUCUUCGCGGUCUGAACGCUUCAGCGACAGGGUUGGUGUUUACUGCCGUGUGGCAGCUGUUCCUCGUGGGAUACAUCUAUACGCCUGCGGAGGGAAAGGUGGUGCAAUCGGCCAGUAAGAGCGGGCCGUUGACUUCGGAUCCGUUCUGGGGCGUGGUGGCCAGCUCGGCGUUUGUAGCGACGCAGUGGUUCAAGAGUCCACCUGCGAUCACGAUUGUGGCUGGUGCCGUCGCAGGGCUCGCGUGGUUCGGCGUGGUGGGGACCGCAGGCACAGAGCGCCAGCAGUCUCUCUUCUGA